UCUCUUCACUCUGUUCCAUGUGCCGUGGACCAACAUUAUUGAGUGGUAAUCCAAGCUGGAAGCUGUCAGGGUGAGAAACAGAGAGAGGCUAAAAGACAGGGAAGAAGCAGGAGGGAGACUAAAUGAAAAAGGGGGAGUUCCUUCGGAGGGAGUGACAGGAGUGAAGAAGAGCCUGGCUUUGCUAGGAGAGCACAGUGAAGCGUGAAGAGUUUGUAGUGUGACGUGAUAGGAUGUGGAGUUUUCUUUGCAAAACAGCCUGCUGAUGCGAUUGGUGUCGGCGGGGGUUCACCGCUUCACAGCCUGCUGCUUCCCUGGAGCCCAGAGCACAGGGAUUCACUCUCACAUAGCCUGCAGAACACACUCUGAGAGACGAUUGCAGACAAACCACAUGGGGACACAAACUCACAUAGACUAACCACACUUCUGACCAGCUGUGUAUUGGAGAGAGCGCCGUGUCUUCUUACCAGCUUGAGAGACGUCAGAUCCGUCUUGUACCUUCGUGGACUCCUCUGAAAGUGGGCUGAGAAGGACCAAAAAUCUUGAACUUGAAAAGCUUCCUUGGACAUUUUAUACCUCCAUGACUGCUUCUGACAGUGGCAACUGAUAACGACCAAAAACCUAAGAAGGGCAGACCUAUCAAACCACUUCACUGCAUGACUGUACCCACUUGUGGCUGCUGAGAAUCACAGAAAACUCCUAAGAAAAGGAGACCCCUUGGACUUCUUACACCUUUUCUGAGAGUGAAUUGAGAAGAACCAGAACUCUGUUGAAAGGAGGAGAUUCCUUACUUUCUUCCAACCCUACAUGCUCCUGUUCAUCCUCUAAGUGUGAACAUCCUGUGCCCCUGUUGUGCCCUCUGUGGGGAGGUUUUUGCAGCUGUCUCAAGCUCCCUUUUGCCCUUUGCUGCUUUAAGGCUACCCGCUGGUCCUCAUCAGCAGCAUGCAGGUGUCGUUUGUGUGUACGGACCACCGGGCUGUGAGCCGCAGUACGGAGGACCGGCUGAACCGGCAGAACGCCAGCAGCCCCAGCCUAGGCACCAAGAGCAAGUUCCGCGCUGUGGCCAUGGUGGCCCGCAGCCUGGGACAACUGUCUGUGCAGAACGUGCCCUCCUCUAGUGACCACUGCAUGAGGACCGGCAUGAAGUAUAGAAACCUUGGGAAGUCUGGCUUACGGGUGUCGUGUUUAGGGCUGGGCACCUGGGUGACCUUUGGAGGGCAAAUCACAGAUGAGAUAGCAGAGCAGCUGAUGACACUGGCAUAUGAGAAUGGGAUCAAUCUGUUUGACACAGCUGAGGUGUACGCUGCGGGCAAGGCUGAAAUGGUGCUCGGCAAUAUCAUAAAGAAGAAAGGCUGGAGGCGCUCCAGUUUGGUUAUUACCACCAAGAUCUACUGGGGUGGAAAAGCAGAAACAGAAAGAGGCUUGUCCAGAAAACAUAUAAUAGAAGGUCUGAGAGCAUCUUUGGAGAGACUGCAGUUAGAGUAUGUUGAUGUAGUGUUUGCUAACAGACCAGACCCCAACACACCAAUGGAAGGAGAUCCAUUUAACACCUCAAAAUCAAGAACAUUCAUCAUAGAAGAGACAGUGAGAGCCAUGACCCACGUCAUUAACCAAGGCAUGGCCAUGUACUGGGGGACAUCUCGCUGGAGCCCCAUGGAGAUCAUGGAGGCUUACUCAGUGGCCCGGCAGUUUAACCUGAUCCCCCCCAUCUGCGAGCAGGCCGAGUACCACAUGUUCCAGAGAGAGAAAGUGGAGGUGCAGCUGCCCGAACUGUUCCACAAGAUAGGCGUGGGUGCCAUGACAUGGUCCCCUCUUGCCUGCGGGAUCAUCUCAGGGAAGUACGACAGUGGAGUGCCCCCUUACUCACGUGCCUCUCUGAAGGGUUACCAGUGGUUGAAGGACAAGAUCCUGAGUGAGGAAGGCCGGCGUCAGCAGGCGAAGCUGAAAGAGCUGCAGGCUAUCGCGGAGCGGCUGGGCUGCACACUGCCCCAGCUGGCUAUCGCGUGGUGUCUAAGGAAUGAGGGUGUGAGCUCCGUGCUGCUGGGAGCAUCCAGCACCGACCAGCUGAUGGAGAAUAUCGGAGCCAUACAGGUUCUUCCAAAGUUAUCGUCAUCAAUCAUUCAUGAGGUGGACAGUAUCCUAGGCAACAAGCCGUACAGUAAAAAGGACUACAGGUCCUAGAGGGAGCGUUUCUCUGCUCUGUUUGCUCCUCUGUCUGCCUGAGCUUUGACUGAAUGAGACCUUGGCACACAGGACUGGCACGGUCACAGGUCCUGCUGGACAGGCCAGCUCACACACCCAAUGGAGUUUGCUGAUUUUAGGUGGAAAGAGUAAAAGAUCUUCAGAAUGACAAGCAGGAGAGGGGCGCAAACCCGGACACAAUCAGGUAGAGGCCGCCUCAACAAGCAGAACGCUUCUUUAACCCAGAGAGGAACCACAGAAACGGACACGCUCGUUCACUCGCUUGCUCUUUCUCUUUUAGACAACUAGUAAACGCAGAGUUCCAGAGGAACGUCUGUAUCUAUUCUAUACAUGCAUGUGAUUCACAGGCCAAAGCACAUGCUUUCUGUCCUUUACCCUGGAAAUAUAACCAUCCUACAAACGCUAUUGGAAAAUAGUCAGCAUAUCAUUCUUAAUAGCAUUGGCCAAACACAGCAGUCACUGACAAAUCUGUAACGGAAUGAAGGAAUGCUUUGAUCAGCAAAAUUCUUAUGCCUAACACAUCAUCAUCCACCUCUGCCUGGAGACUGGCGGUCAGAUCUCUUGAGCAGUAAAAUUACAAAGACUAAAAAGACAUCCUUAACACCUUUUACCCAGUUAAACCCAGUUUAACUACACACUUCUAUAACCUAAGAAUAACUCCACCAGUUUGCAUUGUAGGCCAUGUGGUUACUAAAUAAUCCACCUUAGUGUGCAAUAAGCCUGGGCUAUUAAGGGUUAACCUCUAACACUAGCACAUCCUGCUAGGGCUCCUGCUAAUCUGAUCGCGCUAGCAGAGAGGUUUUGAACAUCUCUGUCUUCAGAAAUUCAUGAAAAUGAGUUCAUUUUCCAGUACAUAUAAAGGAAAAAGUGUAUAUUCAUUUAAAAUGAUAAUGUCGAAUUUUUUUUUCUAUAUUUGGAAAAAAGUAAAGUGAAAAAGUAUUUUUUCAGAGUGUGGGGGCCACUCGCCUCCCCCUAGUGUUAUAAACCCUUCACUGUAGGUUAGGAAGCAAGUGAGCAGUUUUAAUAUUAGUGCAUACAGUAAACUAUCCAGGCAACAGUGGUUCGCUGGGCUGAAACCAAAGAAUUCUUAUUAAUGUAUGUAUUCUCUGUACUCUAUUGUCCUCCCAAAAUAUUAAUAAACAUGUCCUCCUAAUAUACGUGUGGAAUGCACACAUAGCUUGAAUUAUUUAAAAGGAGAAUAUAGACGAAAACUCAUUUUCAUCAUAAGAAUUUUCCAGUGUAAUUCAUCUUUCCAGUGUUCCAUAUAUGCUGAUUUGCCUUAAUGUUAAAUAUAUCAUUUAUGUCUGUUUUAGAAAAUAGAGCACAGCUCAUCCUUAAUAUGUUAAUAUAUUUAUUUACAAUGUGUUUUUAUUAUUAUUAUUAAUAAUAAUAAUAUUAUUAUUUUAUCUUGUAAAGUAUUUAAGAUCACAGUGAAACCAUAUCCAGUUUGAAGAGAUGUUGAAUUACUUUGACCACUGGUGUGGUCAAUGUCAGAGACUGAUUCCUGCCUCUUUUCAUGUCCUAUCAGAGGCAGUAUUGUUUUCUGUGUUUGUUUGGCCAGUGGCUCCCUCUGCUGAGCAGUGCUGCACUGCUGGGUCAGUGCCAGAGACACAAUUACAGCAACACCAAAUCCUCUCACUGACCAUCUCGUUUACGGCUGUUCCACAAACUACUGUUCACAUUUAACCAAGCACUGCUUCAGUUAUUGUACACUUCCAAAAACUGUCUCGGAAUAUUGUCUCCAUAAUAUGGACUAUAGAGCACUGUACUGUCACUACGCAUGAAAAUAUUCCAGUACAUGUUGCUUCUUUUGCGAAUAGUACUGUCUGAAAUGUAUCUCUCACGUUAGAUCAUUUACAAAUGUAUUAUCACAGUAAAGGUUGCCAGUCUGAAGUACAGUACAGGAGGUUUGUAUAACUGUAAUUUCCAGACAAUUUUUACCAUUUGUACAGUAGGCCAUAAUGUACAUCUUGUAUAAAACUCUGGCACCAACAUAGUAAGAAUGCAUUUGAACUGCAGAAGCAGAAUUAGGGCACUGUAAAAAAGCUCACUGUAAAAGAUGAGCACCAGUGUUUAUAUUUCAGAGCUGAUCAGAGGAUGAAGAUUUCAUUUCAGUGCAAACCACACAUAAAUGUGGUCUUACAAUAUAUGCAACUGUCACUAAGUGCAUAAAUAACUGGCUAAAGACUUAAUAAACACAUUAAAAAGCCCAUCAAAAAGAUGUUAAAUGCAGCAUUUGAGUGCCGUUGGGCUUUUAAAGGCUCCUUUCGUCAAAGUCCACUGCUGAAGGACAGUGGUUUAGGAGUCAGGUCUGACUGCUGAGGGUUACGUUAAGUGUCUACAGACAUUCACCUGUGUUAAAGUUUAUGUAGUGUACUUUGCAGAAUCUCUGUAUCCAUCAAACUAGAUGGUCAUGUUUUACGGUAAAUGAGUUUUGCUCUAUGUACAGCGUGUAGUAUCAAGCUUCUGGUUGUAUCGCAGCAGCCCUUGGAUGAGCAGCAGAAAUGACUAUAUAUUUGCACUUGCUCAAAAAGCCAUUAAUAUCUCUUCAUUGGGUGUGGCUCAUCAUGUGGAGCUGUGUGUGUGUGCUGCAGCAUGUAGAGGACGCUGUUGGUGCAUGUCAUUUUCUGAAACAGCCUCUUAUUUAUUUGAGCAAGGUUUUCCUUUGAGGAUGGGAAUUCCUGCAUUUCCCUGUAGAGUUAGCUCAAGUUGAGUACCUUGCUGUAUAAAGAUGCUAAACCAUCCAGUAAUCCUAUGUUGUCAAUAGGAGCGCCUGUAUGUAAAUGAAACCGGAUCUUUUUAGAUAAGAUGUUUUAAAGAUUUGACAGGAAUUCGAUGAGAUUUUGUUCUGCAGCCCGAGUUGUUGUUGACCAUCGUGUGAACAAUGUUUUCAUUUCCUUUUGGAUGCAUACAUGUUGGGAUGUCGGUCUGAUUCCUCUGACUGACCUCUGCGUACUGUACUGGUUUUACUGGAUGUCAUCACUUUUGCCUUGGCAAGCAUUUGUUACAUUGAGCUUGAAAUAUGUACAGCUUAAAACUGAAAAUAAACCAUAAUGCAUAAA